UCCCUGCUCCUCCCUCCACACGUAGCGAAGGCCUCCGGUGCAGCAGUCACAGCGGCGACGGAUAGAAACGCGCACACUUUACACAUAUACAUUUCUAAUCGCAGUUGCUGCUGGGGUCUUUUUUCUUUUUUCUUUUCCCCCCCCAAACAGCCUUUGUUUAAGAAAAGGAAAGAAAGCAAGACAGAAAGAAAGAAAAGAAAAGAAAAGAAAAGAAGCCAGUCUUCAUAAUGGCGACAGCUGCGGUGUCUGCCCCUGCUGGCUGCGGCCCCAGCCCCGGGCCGGGAACCGAGCUUGUCCGCGGGCAGGCCUUCGACGUCGGGCCUCGGUACAGCAAUCUCUCCUACAUCGGGGAGGGCGCCUACGGGAUGGUGUGCUCUGCUUACGACCGAGACAACAAGAUCCGCGUGGCCAUUAAGAAGAUCAGCCCCUUCGAGCACCAGACGUACUGCCAACGCACCCUGAGAGAGAUCAAAAUCCUGCUGCGCUUCAAGCACGAGAACAUUAUCGGAAUCAACGACAUCAUCCGCACGCCAACGAUCGACCAGAUGAAGGAUGUAUAUAUUGUCCAGGAUCUCAUGGAGACGGACCUGUACAAGCUCCUGAAGACUCAGCACCUGAGCAACGACCACAUCUGCUACUUCCUCUACCAGAUCCUACGAGGCCUCAAGUACAUCCACUCUGCCAACGUCCUGCACCGCGACCUGAAGCCUUCCAACCUCCUGCUCAACACCACCUGUGAUCUUAAGAUCUGUGAUUUCGGGUUGGCUCGCGUUGCUGAUCCCGACCACGAUCACACUGGUUUCCUCACAGAGUACGUCGCCACUCGCUGGUACCGAGCUCCUGAGAUCAUGCUCAACUCCAAGGGCUACACCAAGUCCAUAGAUAUCUGGUCGGUCGGUUGCAUCCUGGCUGAGAUGCUCUCCAACAGGCCAAUCUUUCCUGGGAAGCACUACUUGGAUCAACUCAACCACAUUUUGGGGAUCCUGGGUUCUCCCUCCCAGGAGGAUCUCAACUGCAUCAUCAACAUUAAGGCCAGGAACUAUCUUUUGUCGCUGCCAUUGCGCUGCAAGGUCCCGUGGAACCGCCUCUUCCCCAACGCCGAUCCAAAAGCUCUGGACCUGCUGGACAAGAUGCUGACCUUUAACCCUCACAAGAGGAUCGAGGUGGAGCAGGCCCUGGCGCACCCCUACCUGGAACAAUAUUACGACCCCACAGAUGAGCCUGUUGCAGAGGCCCCGUUCAAAUUUGAAAUGGAGCUGGAUGAUCUACCCAAAGAGACACUGAAGGAGCUCAUCUUUGAAGAAACUGCACGUUUCCAGCCCAGCUUUAGGUCCUAACAUCUCACACAGAUGAUUCUGUGGACUGGCUUCUUCGUUGCCACUGCUCCUCCCUCCGCCUCCACACUGUUGCUGUGAUCAUUUUGUUUUAUUUUAUUUUAUUUUUUUGGAUAUCAUCCUCCCCCUGUGUCUACAUCACCUGGAUUCCUUGGGUCUCACUCGUCAAGUCCACUUUGCUCAGGAAUGGCGUCAGGAAUCACUCAAUCAGUCAUUCUCCGUUUCCUGUUUCUUUCUCUUCUCUCUGUAUCUUCCUCUUCUCUCUCUCUCUCUCUCUCUCUCUCUCUCUCGGAGAUGGGGUGAGGUUGAGGUGAGGAGGGGGGAGGUGGCGGGGAGGGUCCCAUCACAGCCUACAGUGUGGGGGUGGGGUUUGGGGGGCGUCUUCGUGUGUUUUAAGCCAAGAUAAACAAUUUUGUGUGUGUCUCAAAGGUGUUUGGCUCUGGCUAUUAAUAUUCAAGACCUUCAGUGUCCAGUGGAUUGACAGUGAUAGACUAGCUGUUGUUGUUUUUUUUUUUUUCUUUGGUGCAGCUGUCGUGGUUCUAACUCUGCCUACAUUGCACAAAAGAACGGUAGAUAACACGCAAAGAAUCAUCCAUCAUUACAAAUGAUAAAAAAACAAAAAAAAACAAAAGGUCUUUUGAAUUUUCUAACCUUUGACACACACUGUUACGAGGGAUGCAGUGAUCUGUCUGGUAUUUUUCUUUUUUUUUCUCGCUUGAAAAAACCCAAAUUAAGUCGCCUGAUUUAUGCAAUGACAUCACAGAAGCAGCCAGAGGCUACGUGCAAAGCCGCCACUCGACGUGUUGGUCCGCAUUUCUAUUUUAUCGAACCUGUUUUAAUUCUUAACACACUCGCACGGAAAGGCCCAAAUGCAAAUAUAUACGUAUAAAUAUUUAUAUAUAUAUAUAUAUAUUAAAAAAAUACUUAAAGAGUCUUAAGAUGUUUUAAUGGAAAAAGUGGCGAUGGGUGAAAUCUGAACCGAUUUCUUUUUAUUAAAAACAUUUAAAAAACAAAAAACAAAACGCCCGCUUUGAUUUCGGCCUCAUUUAAAAAAAAAAAAAAAAAGCACCUGAAAUGUUUCAUCAUCAAUUUCUGCCUUAUCCCUGAGAAAGUAGUUAAUUUCACACAGGUCUGUGUGUACAGGAUGAUAUUUUUCAUAAAUUGCGGGGAAGUUUACUGCGUCAGGAAAAAACUAAUCAUUUAUCACAGAGAACUUUUUUUUUUUUUUUUUUUUUCUGGAGGAGACGUUUUUGUGCCUCCAUUUUUUUUUUCUCCCCCGUUUUACGUUCCCUCUUCUUCGGUCUCUCUCUUUCUCUCGCCUUUGUAGAACAAUACUGUGCCCUUUGCAUGACUGUUAUAAGCUCUGUAUACAAAGAUGACGAUGUUAAGUGCCACACAAGCCGGGCACGUUCCUCGCGGAGAGCGCCCAGGCUCUAUCUGUUCUACCGUCGGUGGUUUAUCACACUUUUCCAAACACAUGGUGCUUCUCGUCGCGUUUCUUUCUUUUUGCUUUAGCCUCCUCUUUCCGUCUCCGUUGUGCAUUUCUACAGACUUAACUCUCCUUUUAUUUAAUUUUUUUUUUUUUUUUUUUUAAACCAUCCGCAUGCUAACACAUCUGGUUGUGCAAAUAGGAGAAUAACCAUAUAUCUGUACUUAUUACACACACACACACACACACAUACAAAAAAAAAGAAAACACAAAACGUUUUUCCUGACCCCUGAGAAACGGGAUCGAGGCGAGAUGAAUAAAACUCCAAUGUAAAAGAUAUAUAUAUAUUUUUUUUUUGCUUUAAAUUGCACAUUUUCAUGCUGAUGAACGUCAGUACCAGCUGAAAAACCACCGUUGCUGAUCGAAGACUGUUGAAUCUGAUGCUCGCGUUUCAAAGUGAAAUGAAUUUAAAGAGGAUAUAUUUGGGUUUGGAGUUAAAGGCAGCGAUGCUUCAGCGGCCGAACGCGUCCUUCCGUCCGUUUACAGGAAGGCCUCAGAUCUGUUUAGCUUCAUGGUACACCUUGGUCGGGUUGCAGCACCACAUCUUCAAAUCAUUUGCUCAAGUUUGCAUCUUGAACUUCGACUGAAAUCAAAUUCCAUUUCACCCGAGUGUGGAUUCCUCAAGAAUCCUGUUCUGUUGGCACUUAAAGUAAUAAAGAUGAAGCCAUUUAAAUCUAAAGUGAGAUCAUUUCAGAGGUACCGGGCCGGGGUUUCUUUCUCUUUUCUUCACGAUAACCACAUUUCUUGUGUUCUGUCCCAGAAAGUAAGUAAAUUCAUGAGUUUUGUGUAACGAUCGAGUCCUGGGCUCUGGUCGAUUUUUUUAAAUCACAGAGCCAAAGACAAAAAAAGACGGUUUUACUUUGUGUUUUUCUGACUUAAAUAAAUAAUCUUAGACUGAAACUAAGGGAGGACGCUAGAGCUCCGCUGAGAUGCACUCAAGCCAUAAACGGUCAGUCAGUCUUGUCUGUGGCACCUCUGACCACGGCCGACUGUGACGUCUCGUACGCUCACAUCACUGCAGCCACGACUCGAGGUUUUACGUUUAUUUCGGCUCCUGUUUGCGCUGUGAGAUUAACGUGCUGGUGACAAACGUGUGAGUGAGAUUUGGGGGGAAAAAACAUCCUUUUUUCUUUUCAAGAGGUAAAAUUAUUAGGAAGUUCUUUCAUUUGAACUAAUUGUAGGUUAAUAUGAGAACGUAGAACAAUAAAUAAAUGGUUUGCUCCAAAUGGAAUUAAAGAACUUUAUACAAAGAAAUUAACUUUAAAGAUUAAAUAAACAUCUAAAAGAAGAAUUUGUUUCUGACCGUAGGGUAAUUAUUACAGAUUAUUCCCUUAAAGCUAUUUGUCGUUUGGUCUGUAACUGGUGAAAAGCAGUUUCCAGACCUGCAGCUUAACCGAGAUAACAAAAAAAUUAAAAGAAAAAAUGCAGCAAGCAGGAAAAAUGAAGCUUAAAUGAUGCAAUGAUGUUCUUUAAAUAAAUAAAAAAAACACUUCUGCUGCUUUAAAACUCUAUUUUUUUCCAAAUAAUCAGAGCAAACAUAAUGUUCUUAAAUUAAAAAUAAAUAAAAAUUAAAACAAACUUGUAUACCAUGAAUUUAUAUUUAAAAGUAAACUCCCUCCCCUCCCAAAAAAAAAAA